AUGGUACCGAGGAAGUGCGAGGCUACCAAGAAGAGACGAUCGACGGUGCAACCUUCGAUCACUAUAGUCGCACUAUUACCGUUCAGUAUAUCUCUGACAUUGGCGUCCCAUCCACCGAGUGAGAGUCUAGGAGAGUGCACCACCAGAAGAUGGGACGGAGUGCUACCACAUGACGUGUCUGCCCUCCUCCUGGGCGGGAUGGGCGUGAUCAAGGAAAGGAGAGGAAUUUUCGACUUUGACUAG